AGGGAACGACAUUUUUCCAAGAAAAAAACUACAAGGGAUUUCCCCAGUUUAUUGUUCGACAAGGUUCUUGAAGAUUAUAUCUGAAAGUUUACUGAAAAGAUAUCUUCAGUCGCUGAGCGCUACUACAUACAGCCAGUCAGCGCAGUGCCUCAGAGUUUAAGGGUAGAAUUUGCUUCAGUUUGCUUAAAACUAUCGUAACUUUAUUAUAUUGAAGCCUUGCUUAAUUGCCCUUAAGCUGUAAAAGAUGAGUACAGAUAAGCUGAUGAACGGUGACCUGACGCUUGGCGGGCCCGUGUAUGCUGACCGGAGGUCCCGUGUGCGCCCGGCGGCGGUGCAGACCGCCUUCGCCGCGGCCGUCGUGCUGGUCGUCUCGGCGCUGGUGGCGGUACUGCUGCUGCAGAUCUGGCAACUCAAGCAGCUAGUCGCGUCCCUCGAAGAGCGCAACGACCAGAUCUUAGAUCGCAUCGCGUCGCUGGAGGGUCUGGAUAAAGACGAGUCCUGGGAAAGCAACAGUCCUGUGGAGAGCACUGAGUCGGCGGAUGGUGCCUUCAGCCCCGAUACUCAAUCUGAUCCCGGCAUGCACCACAGGGGGAAGAGAGCCGCGAACAGCCUGACAAUGCCGUUUGGAGGCUGUCUUCAGGGGCCUCCCGGCAGAGACGGGAGAGACGGGCGCGAUGGAGCGGUUGGACCUCCCGGACCGCCCGGACCUCCCGGACCGCCCGGUACCCCCGAAAUUCCUGUUCCGACUCCUGACCCACCGAAAAUGAAAGAUUGUGACGACGUCUACAAGGCAGGCCACACCACCAGCGGUCUCUACACCAUCCAGCCAGACGCCGCCGGAGCCUCGUUCCGGGUCUACUGUGAGAUGGAAGCCGGAGUCGGCGGCUGGACUGUCUUCCAGAAGCGCUUCGACGGUUAUGUAGAUUUUGCUAAGGACUGGACAAGUUACAAAAUUGGGUUUGGGGCUCUUGUCGGCGAAUUUUGGCUCGGAAACGACAAGAUCUAUCAGAUCUCUAACGAGAAGGUAUACAUUCUGCGCAUUGAUCUCGAGAAUUGGUCCUCAGAAACGGUAUACGCUGAAUAUGACAGGUUCUAUAUCGAGGAUGAGGCAGCAAAGUACCGUCUGCAUGUUGGUACCUAUAGCGGCACUGCUGGGGAUGGUGGGCAAGGGUUAAGCGCCCAUGAUGGUAGCAGAUUUUCAACACACGACCAGGAUAACGACUACUACGGCGGUAACUGCGCAACUCAAAAUGGUGGUCGUGGUGGUUGGUGGUAUAAGUAUUGUGACAACGUUAACCUGAACCAGCCGUACAAGCAUGGCGGCGGGGGGACGGAUGAACAUGGUAUAGAAUGGCAAGCGUGGGCAGCUCACCAGUACUCCAUCAAGGCUUCUGUCAUGAAGAUCAGACCUGCUCCUUAG